AAAUUUAGCAAACUUAGGGGGUUUCAGCAAAGCAAAAUAAAAAACGGUCAUCCCCUUGAAUCUUGAUAACUGAUAACUGAUAACCUACCUAUAAGCGUCUCAUCUGAUUGCAUGGAAAAUAUGGAAAGGAAGACGUAAACUCCAUUUUGGUAGCAGCCGGAACCUCGCGUUUCUGGAGCGAGAAACCUCGUCCGUCCCCAUCGCAUCCCUUUACGACAUCCCCAAACCCAAAUCAAGCCAAGACACCCAACCACCACCUUCUUUUCUCCUUUCUCACCGUCCUGUCUCAUUCUUUCUCUCUCCCAACUCUCCCAAAUGAGAGGACGGAGGAAAUUCAUUUCGCAUCUUCUCUUUUUUCUCUUCUCCGUCUUCAAUCUCGUCUCUAUAGCCAUCUCCGACGAUGCUGCGAUCAUGGGAAAGCUGGCCGCCUCGCUUUCUGGGCACCCUCCAGACUGGUCAGGCAACGACCCCUGCAUAUGGACUGGCAUUACCUGCGACAACACCAAUCGAGUCACCGGCAUCAACCUUCCCAAGAAAUCUCUCGGCGGUUCUCUCCCUCCAGAUCUUAAUCAACUCACCCAACUCAGACUCCUCUAUCUCCAAAACAACGCAAUCUCCGGUGAUUUGCCUUCUCUAGCCAACCUCACAAAUCUCAUUGAAAUUAAUCUUAAUUCUAAUAAAUUCACCUCCGUUCCGGACACAUUUCUCACGGGGCUCACGAGUUUGCAGUUGCUGAGCAUCAGCAACAACACUGAUCUCGCACCAUGGUCUAUACCUGUUGAUCUGGCGCAAUCCACGACCUUGGUCACGUUUUACGCGAGCAGGGCCAACAUAAUGGGUAUGAUACCAGACAUUUUUGGCUCGUUUCCGAAUUUGCUGUCUCUCAGGCUAUCUUACAAUAGCCUGACGGGUCCUCUGCCUCCUUCUUUAGGCGGUACUAAGAUCCAGAACCUGUGGCUGGACCAUCAGGCAUCUGGGUUAGCUGGGACUAUUGAGGUUCUCGGAACAAUGACGCAGAUCUCCCAGGUGUGGCUCCAAACAAACAAGUUCACGGGUCCGAUCCCAGAUCUUUCCAAGUGCACGGCACUCUUCGAUCUUCAGCUCCGUGACAAUCGAUUCACUGGAGUCGUGCCCGAGACAUUGAUGUCGUUGCCCAGCUUGCUUCACGUGUCAUUAUCGAGCAAUAUGUUUCAGGGUCCAUUGCCCCAGUUCAAGUCCAAUGUGGAGGUUAUUCUUGGCUCGGGCAAUCGUUUCUGUAGCAAAACGCCCGGUCCUUGUGAUCCUCAGGUAACGGUAUUGCUCGCUAUGGCCGGCGGCUUCGGCUACCCCAUGAGCUUGGCGGAAGCUUGGGUUGGUAAUAACGCAUGUCAUGGUUGGGCCUUUAUUACUUGCGAUUCACAGAAAAAUGUUACUGUGAUCAGCCUGGGGAAGCAGCAAUUAUCGGGGACGAUUUCGCCUGCCAUUAGCAACCUUACUUCAUUGAGGAUGUUGUUCCUGAACGACAAUAAUCUCACGGGCCCAAUUCCGGAAUCAUUGACAACUUUGCCUAAGCUUCAGACUCUUGAUGUCACCAACAACAAUCUCACCGGAAAGAUCCCAGUUUUUCCGGCAGGUGUAUUGCUGAAAAUGUCGGGGAAUCCUUUACUUGGAGCCCAUAGGGGUACUUCGCCUGGUCUAAUUGCUGGUAUAGUUAUUGUUAGUUUGGUUUUCUUAGCUAUUGCGUUUUUUGUCUAUUACAAAUAUUACGUCAAUAAAAGAUCACAGAAAAUUGAGCCGGUCGAAAGCAGUCAUGCAAAUGCGAACGAGGAAGGGAAAAGUGGGAUGUUUGCUACGAGUGGAUUUGGAGGUGGAAGCGAACAUUACAGUAAUGAAGAUGCCUCCAGUGAUAUCCGGUUCUUUGAAGGUGGGAGUGUCGUUAUUCCAAUCGAGGUCCUUAGACAGAUUACUAACAAUUUCAGUGAGGAAAAAGAAUUGGGUAGAGGAGGAUUUGGGAUUGUUUACAAAGGCGAAAUGAAGGAUGGAACGCAGGUUGCUGUUAAGAGGAUGGAAUCAUCAUUAAUGGGUACAAAGGGGAUGAAUGAGUUUCAAUCAGAAAUUGCAGUUCUUUCAAAGCUUAGGCACAGGAGUUUGGUCGCCCUUUUGGGUCACUGUAUCAAUGGCAAUGAGAGGCUUUUGGUCUACGAGUAUAUGCCUCAGGGGACAUUGGGGGAACAUUUGUUUGAAUGGAAAACGAGAAGAUACCCUCCUCUGACAUGGAAACAGAGGGUCGCAAUAGCAUUAGAUAUGGCCAGGGGUGUGGAGUAUCUACACACCUUGGCACAGCAAAGUUUCAUUCACAGGGAUUUGAAACCUACAAACAUUCUUCUUGGGGAUGACAUGAGGGCUAAGGUUGCUGAUUUUGGUUUGGUAAAGAAUGCCCCUGAUGGGAAUUUUUCUAUCGAGACAAGGUUGGCUGGAACAUUUGGAUAUCUUGCACCUGAGUAUGCUGCUACCGGACGGGUGACCACAAAAGUUGAUGUUUAUGCAUUUGGUGUGGUCUUAAUGGAAAUAAUCACUGGGAGAAAAGCGUUAGAUGAAACCAUGCCAGCAGAGAGCUGUCAUCUGGUCUCCUGGUUCCGUAGAAUCCUGAUCAACAAGGACAUCAGAAGUGCUAUUGAUUCCACCCUUGAUCCUGAUGAUGAGACCUUUGCUAGCAUCUGCAAGGUGGCAGACCUUGCAGGUCAUUGCACAGCUCGUGAGCCAUUUCAGAGGCCAGAUAUGGGACAUGCAGUUAAUGUUCUGUGUCCUCUUGUAGAGCAGUGGAAGCCCUCUUCUUCCCCUGAUGAUGAUGAUGAUGAUGAUGAAGGCGACAUUAAUUUUCACAUGGAAACCAUACAGAAAUGGGACGACGAUUAAGACACAUCAAUGACCGACUCUACAAGACAUGCAGACUCAUUCAAUGCAACAGAUCGCCGACGAAGAGAAUUGAUGACAAAAUUCUGUAAAGUAUGAGGAAUAUAUAUACAGGUUUUCAUGCUAUUUUGACCAUUGAGAAACUCGACAUUUUUUUAUUGCUUUUCUCUUAUGAUGUUUAUAUGUCCUCUCGUUAAUUAGUUCUUCUGGUGAUCUUUAUUUUGUUAAUUCCUUAGAAGAACUACGUUCAUGUUUCUUUGGUUUAGAUUCUUUGAUGUAAAGUCAACAAAUUGAUUUGGUGGUGCACAUGGUGGUGGAGGAAAUGAUGGUUUAAUGGUUAAGAGGGUGGAUUUCCAUGUUAU